GAACCGAGGGUCAAGGUCAGAAAGGUGACUUCCGGUUGUCAAUAGCGCACAGGGCCACGUGUUGCAAGACUUGCAUUAGGUGCAGAAUUCAUGGAGAACUCUGUGGAGGUCAAGUUUGCACAACGGCUUGCAUCAAAUGAAAAGAAAACACGCGACCGUUCGCUGAAAUAUUUAAAGAAAUAUAUCGCUGUGAGGUCGGCAAAAACAGAGUUUAGUCGGGAUGAGCUGAUGAAGUUACUGAAGGGUCUUCACUAUUCCAUGUGGAUGCAGGAUAAGCCUCUCAUUCAGGAAGAGCUGUCCAACAAGAUUGCAACUGUCAUGGACUCCUUUUCGUCACCUCAGGCCGCCUUAAAUUUUGCUGCCUGCUUUUUCGCCACAGAGGCUCGAGAAUGGAAAUCAUUGGAUCAGUGGCGGAUGGAUAAAUUUAUGAUGCUGGUGCGUGACCUGCUAAGGCAGACAUUUAAGGUUGCCCAGAAUGCAGGAUGGGAUGAGUGUGCUUCAACAGUAGCAGGCAUGAUUAAGGAAGAGGUGAUGAGGCCAGACAAGGAAGAGAUACCUGACAGUUUACGUUUGCACUUGGCUGAUAUCUUUCUGGAUGAGCUGAGGACAGUCGGUGCAGAACAGCUGACUGGCCAUCAGAUUGGUAUCCUACUGGAACCCUUCUACCACUUCAUCCAAAACUCCCAUAGGCUUCAUGUCACAGACCGCAUUAUUCACCAGACUUUUGGCUGCAUUCUUCAGCAAGCAAAAUCAGAGCGGACCAGGACUGCAGACAAAGAUAUUAAAAACAGACCAGCACAGCUACAGUACAGCUACAAAGACAUAGCAGCCACGCUCUUUGAACUUGCUGGGGCUUCUACAUGCUCCGCUAAAGUACGACGUAAAAUCUACAAAUUUGUGAAAGUGUUCUGUGACACCAUUGGUGCCACAAGCCAUCUGGUUCCAGCUUCCAGAAAUGUCAAUACAGAGUGCAAAAAUGUGCAACAGAGUUUGACAGAGAAUCAUGCGACAAACCAGUUGAUCCCAGGGGACUCAAAAGCUACACCAGUCAGCAAAAAGAGAAAGCAAACAAGAUUGCAAAAUGAUGAACACAUUAGAUGUCAGCCUAUUAGAACAGACUUUUCAACCCCUUUGCAAGCUGCAUCCAAAAUCACUGCACAUAAAGCUGGCUCAGAGAAAAAGCAGGUGGUGUUCAAUCUGGACAAAAACUCCUCUCAAGAUCUUGACGAGUUUCUUCAGAAUGGUACUCAGACCGUGUGUUCACCUAUGCCUUCUGUGUCGCCCAGACCUGGCAUCUUGAAACCCUCUCCCGCCACUCCUGGGCCAAAGAGGCAGAAACUUUCCUCAGAGAACAAAAUUCCCUUAAAGAAGACAUCCUUGUCACUUGAGCAAAAGACAGAAAGAGUGAUGAAGCAGAUAAAGAAGGCUCAGAAACUGUCACGGUUUGAAGCUAAAAAGCAAAAGCAAAAGCUUAAAAGGCCAAAGCGCCAUUGAUAAACCUGACUUGAGAGAUGUGUUUCUUAAUGAAAGCUUUGUUAGUGAUUUAUUAAACAGAUUAUGCCAUAAAGCCUUUUGAGUAAACUUUUAGUGUGGAAAACGUCUGUCAUCUCUGAAGUUUUUAUUUUUUAACCAGCAGAUGCCAGAUUAUUUCACUGUUUAUCUGUGGUUUCAGUCAUUCUGUGGUGUGUUUGUUUCGCUAAAUUUAUGUGUAAAUAAUCAUAGCAGAGACAUAUGAUUAAGCCUUUUUCUAAAUUACUGGAGAAUUCAAAUGUGAUGGUUGUAUGCACCAUUCUCAUGAAGAAUUCCAUUGUUCGCUUUUUUUUUAAUAAAACAAAAUGGACUGGCCAACUGUUAACAGCCCGUGUUUCGACUUUUGAUUCUGAUUACCAGGCAAAAGCACGAAUUUGCAGUAUUUAAAAAAUAUAUAUAAAUGACAGAAAAAUAAACUAAAAUUAUAAAUUCAA